AUGAACGCUUCCUCGCGGAGGAAGAUACAGCCUCCGCGCUCCGCCCUUCCGUCGCCGCCGCCGCGCCAGCGCAGACUGCCGGACAGCCAUUGCCCGCCGCAAGCCAUGGCGUCGUCCAUCAGCUUAUCUGGCGACGUGCACCCUGCUGGCCGCGGCGGCCUUCUGCCCGCAAAAGCGCUCAACCCGCUGCUGGUGGUGCUGGACGUGUCGUCCAACAACAUCUCGUCGGCGGAGGACGACGCGCUGCGCGCGCUCUCCGCGCUCGAGGUGCUGCGCGCGGGCGGCAACCGUCUGCGCGACCUGCGCUUCCUGCCGGAGCCCUGCGCGCUGCGCCGCCUGCACGCCCCGCGCAACGCGCUCGCCUCCUUGGACGGGCCGCUGCGCCGGUGCGCGCUGCUCGAGGAGCUGGACAUGGCGCGCAACGAGCUGCGCGCGCUGCCCGCGGGCGCCUUCUUCGGGCUGGCGCGCCUCCGGGAACUCUACCUGGCGCGCAACCCGCUGCGCCAGGUGGCGCCCAGGCUCUUCGCGGGCCUCACCGCUCUCAGGCUGCUCGAUCUGGCGUUCACUGGGCUCACGGAGCUGCCGCAGGGUGCUUUUGAAGGACUGACAAUGCUGGAACACGUAAAUCUGCGUGGAAACGAACUAACAACUCUACCAGGAAAAGUGUUCUCGGAGCAGAAUCUGAUCUCUCUCGACCUCAGCAAGAACGAGCUCAGCACCAUCCCUGGUCUCAUUAAGCGCCUGACUUCCUUGGAAAAGCUCAACUUGGGGGGCAAUGGCAUCAAAUCCGUUCCGGAAAAAUACUUCCGCAAGUGCAAGCGACUGAGGGAACUGUCGCUCUCCAACAACGGCAUCCUCUCCCUGUCGGCCGACACCUUCGCGAACCUCGCUUCGCUGGAGAGGCUGGACCUGUCGCGCAACCCGCUGUCGAAGAGGCAGCCCGUUUCGCGGCUGGCGCGCGGGGACGGCCGGCAAGAAGAUUUAGCGUGCGCGGGCCCUGGCGAGGGCGCAGCUGGCGUUCCAGCCUUCCCUGCCGCUGCCUCAACUGGCCGGCAGCCCGCUGGCGCCGCUGCGGGCGGGAGCCUUCCGCCACCUGCCACGCACUGCGCGCGCUGCUACCUCGGCACCACACACGGAAAGAUCAUGCAGUUAGAAGAAGAUACUUUCGCAGACCUAACCGAGUUAGAAAAAUUGGACCUCCACGGACACCAACUGGAAACUCUUCCCAAAGCAAUAUUUAAGACUAAUCGCCACCUCGUUGAUCUUAAUUUAGAAAACAAUCGUCUCAAGAAACUACCACAGACGCUUCCGGUUUUGCAAGAUUGCUGCGAAGACUUGACCUUCGCCUCCUUUGAGAACAACAGUAUCGCACAUCCAAGCGAAGAAGCUCUCACAGCCCUUCUGAGGCCUGAGGCGGAGCGCGUGGUGGAGCUACGGGGGAACCCCCUGCGGCCGCGCGCCUUCCUGCAGCUGGCGCGUCUCCCGGCCGCGGGGGGCGCUGGCGGCGCUGAGGGAGUGGAGGAGGAGGCGCAGGGGGCGCGCGUGUCUUUCGCGCGCGACGAAGCGGCGUGCGCGUGCGGGAGCGUGCGCCGCGGCCGCGCCGAGCUGCACCUGUGCGUGGACGCGCCCUGCGGCGCCAACGACGUCUGGGGGCUCAGCGCCUCACAGCACGCCUGAGCGCGCAGGGCAGACUUUCUCUCUUACUCCAAAGAAACGAUGCCUAUAUACUACGUGUAUUAGUAGAAAAUGUUCAUAAAAAAUGUGUAUUACUCCUAAUUGAAUGGAAAUAUUUAACAUGUAUAAUCGUGGAAAAUGUAAAAAUUAUUUAUUACUUAUGCCUGUAAAUACUUUGUAUUAUUAACAUGGAAGAGUUAAAAAUACAAAAACAAUAAAAUAUUGAACCCUUGUUUUAAAGAAA